GCUGCUGAUUUAAAUUUCUGGAAGCAAGCGGGGCACCCUGCUCCCUUAGUCCGCGGUCCGGAGCUCACCAGCUCGACCCAUCACUCCAUCCACCAUGGACCUCCUUUUCCUGGAGAAGCUCCUCGUCGGCCUCUUCGCGUCCGUGCUGGUCGCCGUCGCCGUGUCCAAGCUCCGCGGUCGCAAGCUCCGGCUGCCGCCCGGCCCUGUCCCGGUGCCCAUCUUCGGCAACUGGCUCCAGGUCGGGGACGACCUCAACCACCGCAACCUAGCGGCGCUGGCCCGCAGGUUCGGAGAGAUCUUCCUCCUCCGCAUGGGCCAGCGCAACGUGGUGGUGGUCUCCUCCCCGGAUCUCGCGCGCGAGGUGCUCCACGCGCGGGGGGCGGAGUUCGGCUCCCGCGGCCGGAACGUGGUGUUCGACGUCUUCACCGACGGGGGCCAGGACAUGGUGUUCGCGGCGUACGGCGACCACUGGCGCACGAUGCGCCGCGUCAUGACGGCGCCCUUCUUCACGGGCAAGGUGGUGCAGCGGCACCACGCAGGAUGGGAGGCCGAGGCCGCGGCCGUCGUGGACGCCGUCCGCGCCGACCCCGCCGCCGCCACCGGCGGCGUCGUGCUCCGCCGCCACAUGCAGCUCAUGAUGUACAACAACAUGUACGGCCUCAUGUUCGGCCGGCGGUUCGAGGGCCUGGACGACCCCCUGCUCCUCCGCCUCAGGGAGCUCAACGGCGAGCGCAGCCGCCUCGCGCAGAGCUUCGAGUACAACUACGGCGACUUCAUUCCCGUCCUGCGUCCGUUCCUCCGCGGCUACCUCAAGAUCUGCAAGGAGGUCAAGGACGCCCGCCUCAAGCUCUACAAGGAUUGCUUCGUCGAGGAGAGGAGGAAGAUGCUGGCGAGAUUCAAGGCCACGGACAGCCAUGAGCUCAAGUGCGGCAUGGAUGAGAUUCUGGAGGCGCAGCGCAAGGGCGAGAUCAACGAGGAUCACGUGCUCUUCAUCGUCGAGAAUAUCAACGUUGCCGCGAUCGAGACGACGCUGUGGGCGAUGGAGUGGGCGGUGGCCGAGCUGGUGAACCACCCGGAGACCCAGCAGAAGCUGCGGCGCGAGAUGGACACCGUGCUGGGAGCCGGCCACCAGGUCACCGAGCCGGACACGCACAGGCUCCCCUACCUGCAGGCCGUGGUCAAGGAGGCGCUCCGGCUGCGCAUGGCCAUCCCGCUGCUGGUGCCGCACAUGAACCUCCGCGCCGCCGAGCUCGGCGGCCACGGCGUCCCCGCCGAGAGCAAGGUCCUCGUCAACGCCUGGCACCUCGCCAACGACCCCGGCCUGUGGGAGCGGCCCGGCGAGUUCCGCCCCGAGAGGUUCCUGGAGGAGGAGAGGCACGUCGAGGCCGGCGGCAACGACUUCAGGUACCUCCCCUUCGGCGCCGGCCGCAGGAGCUGCCCGGGCAUCGUCCUCGCGCUGCCGUUCCUCUGCAUUACCGUCGGCCACCUCGUGCAGAACUUCGAGCUGCUGCCGCCGCCCGGGCAGGGCAUGCUCGACACCACUGAGAAAGGCGGGCAGUUCAGCCUCCACAUCUUGAAGCAUUCCACCAUCGUGGCCAAACCGAGGGUGUUUUAACUUGAUCAGCAUGCUCUGGAGUUGAUCUGCAUCUGAUCUGCCAAAUCAGUGGAACAUAAAUAAACAACUGUUGGCAGCUUCUUAGCUAGUAGAAUAAACAACUGCUUGCUCAGUGUUGUAUGUCAACUUUUAGUUUAGCAGGGCCGAUGGUCAUACAUGUCCAAGAAUGCAGGUACUGUUAAUUUAGAACACGUUCUAUUAGUAAUUCUGAAAAACAAAUCGACAGGAUGUA